AACCCUCCAAAACAAAUACCAUGAGGAGCUCCAUUUUCAUCAUACCCACUUGUUAUAAGCGAUGAUCGAACCCAAAAUACUUCGUCUCUUCCGGCGGUAGCCUUCACCGACAUUCACACACUGUGCAGCCCUCGUCGUACCUACUCGAAGCCCUUCCAUGUCCACUUUCUACUUUGCCUGUCGUAUUAAGCCGACCAUACCGAUUCAAACCCACCCACCCAGCGAGACGAGGCAGGCAGCCCCCCCAGCCUCCGGUCCGUCGCAACAAGGCAUCUAAGCGACGGCAUACUUCACUUCUUCUCGAUUUCAGGUGUAUGACAAAAUGCCUAACAUAGACUACUCAAUGAUACAUGGGACAUAGUUCUUUCUGUAGACAACAUAGACCAGGUUGGAGAGUUUGCCAAAAAAAUAACCUAAAGCUUAAUAUAUAUGGGACUCGUAUCUUUAAUGCACCUGUUGUAAGUUCAACAAACCCUUUUCUACAUUCUUCUUCAUUUUCCAUAAAUUCAAGACUUUUUUUCAGGCUCUUGGUGUCCCUGUUUAUAGGCUGCUGAUUCUGUUUUAGUAUGCUUGUCGAAAGGGCUUGGUGCACAGUUGGAUUUGUUAUUGUUGGGACAAAGAGCUUCAUUGCUAGCGAAGAAUUUUGCAAAAAACUUUGGCUUGGAAAUGAUCACAAGAAUGCCAAGACUUUAGCCGAGGGGCUAAAUAAAAUCAAGGGGCUCAAAGUGGAUGUAGCUUCUGUGGAGACAAAUAUUGUUUAUGUUGAAAUAUUAGAGGGUUCAAAUAUUACAAGAUUUAAGUUGGGUAAAAUAAUGUAGGAACAUGCCAACAUGGUAUAAUUUUGAUGUCGGAUAGCUCAUCCCGGUGCUAUUGAGAUUCUUUGCUGGAGAACUGGUGGGAAUACUUGAAUAAUUGGAAGAAUUGUAGGAACAUUUGAAAAAAUUUGGGUGGUUGUAUAGUGAAUUGACCAUGUAUAUUUUAACAGAAAAUGUAUAGAACAGAAGUAUUAUUUUUUUGAAGUAAACUAAAAUAGCAACCCACUUUUCAUAUUUAUCCGAAGU